CGAGAACACAUUUGUGCUGUUUAGGGAGGGGAAAAGGGUCACAUUAAGGCCAGAAGACCUGAGUACAGAGAAAAUAGGUGUCAUUUUCCAGGAAUGUCUUCAUUGCUGAUGUCGUCAAUGGAAAGCUGGAGAGCAGCAAGAUGGUGACAGUCCGCUUCACAGAGUUUGAGGCCUGUGUUGCAACAAUCACUGACAAGGUGAAAGAAGCCCUCGGAGAACAGGAGCCUGUCAUUUUGACUGAUAGUCAGGGGAAUAAAAUAAUUGAUUCGGAAGGAACAAGAGGAUCAGUAUACUGGAAGCAAAAUUCCAGGAAAGUAUUUGCAGUACCUGAAGCUCAUCUGCUCCAGGUUAAUAAGAGGAGGCGGCUGAGUCGCAGAGAAGAUACUGGCCUUCAAGAGGUUGUAGCCGACAUUGAAGAUGUUGUGGAGGCAGCCCAAGGAUUAAAGGAAGUGUCACAGAUUAUCAAAGAUCUCAGUGGAUUUGGUCAUUCCACGAUGACGACAACCUUGUCUCUGUCAGAAGCCGAAGCAGCCUCUUUAAGAGAAAUCUGUAGCUGUCUCGUCUGUAAAGGUCUUUUAAAACGACCAAUGUUCUCCACCUGCUGUAGAAGCCUGAUUGGGUGUAAGGUGUGUGUAACAGAGUGGUGCAAAACCAGCACUUCCUGCCCCAAAUGUCGUGAAGACGAUUUAGAGGACAACAUCCAUGAAGUGGCUGGACUUGGUGAGGCCCUGGCACCACUGGAAAAGUUGCUCCUGUAGUAAAUAUAGUUUUUAUGUAUAAUUUAGCACUGUGUUUUGGAAAACCAGAUAGUUCAUGUUAAGCACUUUACUGUGGCAGUCAGCCCU